CACUGAUCAUCUCCAUUUUCUGCAGCAGCAGUUCUGCCCCUAUCCUUCUCCUUCCAUCCUCCGUGCUUUUAGGGUUUGCUUGUUGGUCGCGAUUCCUGCUUCCUUCUUAGUAUCCUCCUGUCCUGAGCUUUUAGCGCUUACUUCUCCUCUCCGUGGCCGUCGUCGACCGGGCGUUGGGCAGCGAGGACGUCGUCGUCCACCUCGUUUUGAAGCGUGUAGCACUCUGGAGCUAGCAGUUCGCUCUUCGCGUAGACAAUACCUCAUGGUUUGUGCAACUAAAUCCACGCCCAGAUAAGACAGUGUAACGAAGAUUCCACUUCUUCUUAUAUCCAGUCACAACGAAGCAAAUAAAGUUUUUUUUCUAGUGAUGUGUCCUCUUCGAUGGAGUUGUAAUCAUUAAACAAGCGCUUGAUCAGGGCGAAGCCUUCAGCUAGACGAAUCAUGGCACCAGGUCGCGGAACCGACCCAACUGACUCAAUAACGGAGAUGUCGGUCAGCGAGGACGCCUCGUCCUCCCUCUGUUACGACUCCGAGGAAGGCGCCGUGUCGUCCGGCCAGGCCAGGAGCCAUGGCAAGCCCAUGGCGUCGUCCGGAGCCACACCUGGAUCAUCGUUACAAUAUCAUCCGCAUUCCACGGCGAAAUCGUCGGGUAACUCGCCGUCGCAUACUUCGCAAGCGUCGCCGUCAGUCGCGGUGAUGUCGUCUGGAGGGGUGCACGAGCUGCUGGAGUGUCCCGUCUGCACCAACUCCAUGUUCCCUCCCAUUCAUCAGUGUCCCAACGGCCACACGCUCUGCUCGCACUGCAAGGCGCGCGUGCACAACCGCUGCCCGACCUGCCGCUACGAGCUGGGCAACAUCCGCUGCCUGGCGCUCGAAAAAGUCGCCGAGUCCCUGGAGCUGCCCUGCAAGCACAACUCCCUCGGUUGCCCGGAAAUUCUCCCCUACUACUGCAAGGUGAAGCACGAGGCGCUCUGCGCGUUCCGCCCGUACUGCUGCCCGUACGCGGGGUCGGAGUGCGCGGUGACGGGGGACGUGCUGGCGCUGGUGGCGCACCUGCGGGACGACCACAAGGUGGACAUGCACAACGGGUCGACUUUUAACCAUCGAUACGUGAAGCAGAACCCGCAGGAGGUCGAAAACGCCACCUGGAUGCUCACGGUGUUCAACUGCUUCGGCCAGCACUUCUGUCUGCACUUUGAGGCAUUCCAGCUGGGCGGCGCCCCCGUGUACAUGGCGUUCCUGCGCUUCAUGGGCGACGACAGCGACGCCAAGGCGUUUGGGUACAGCCUGGAGGUGGGCGGCAAUGGGCGCAAGCUGAUGUGGCAGGGCGUGCCAAGGAGCAUCAGGGACAGCCACCGGAAGGUGCGGGAUUCGCAUGACGGGCUCAUCAUCCAGCGGUCCAUGGCGCUCUUCUUCUCAGGGGGGGAUGGCAAGGAGCUGAAGCUGAGGGUCACUGGAAGGAUAUGGAAGGAGUAGCGUUUUGGGAGGGGGUGAAGCUGAGUGUUAAGGGCAGGUGACUGAAGGGGCGUCGGAGACAGACAUCCGCAGGGGAGCUGCAGGGCUCGCAUGACGGGCUGAUUAUCCAGCGGUCCAUGGUGCUCUUCUUCUCACGGGGGAGAUUGGAAGGAGCUGCAGGUGAGCGUCACUGGAAGGAUAUGGAAGGAGUGAGGACAAGGCAAGAGAAGAGAGACAGAAGCCAUGAGGAUAUGGCACUGUGUUGGACAAAGUUGGAUGGAAGGAAGUGUCCUUUCUGCGCCCUAGAGAGGAGGUGCUGCUGUGUUGUUGGGGGAUGGAGGAAGGGGAAGCUGACUCGUCGUUGUAUACAGGGGAGUUUACGGGCAGCAGGAAGCGAAGGAAGCAGGUUGAAGAGGGGUUGCAGCGGGUUGAGAUGCUGCCUGGGGAGCUGAGCUGUUUGAAAGGGGGUUCAAUCAACAGUGUCUUACUAAGACCCUCAGCUGGUGUGGAGAAGAGGCAACUCCAGCUGUGCAGGAGAGGUGCAGCCUGCUGCACGUGGCUGUUCACCAAAUGGCCUUGUUUACUGACAGAGUGGUCUCGUGGGGCGGCAUGGCCUGCCCUUAUGUAUAGGGACGACCACAACAUUGCAACACGGAUUUAUGAUGCACUAACCACUGGUUGGGCUGUUCCUUGCGAAACCUUUGAGCUGGUGUGGCUAGGAAGGGUCCAUUGUUCAGCUGGUAUGCUAAAUGGUUGUGUUUAUCUGGGCACUCCAUUGCUUUAUGCUUUUAUUGAUGGCUAUCACAUCUUGCACAUCAAAAGUUUAC